AUGCCUGCUGUGGAUAAGCUGCUGUUGGAGGAGGCUUUGUUAGACAGCCCCCAGACCAGAUCCCUACUGAGCGUAUUUGAGGAAGAUGCUGGAACACUAACAGACUAUACAAACCAGCUGCUUCAAACAAUGCAACGAGUCUAUGGGGCACAGAAUGAAAUGUGUCUAGCAACCCAGCAACUGUCCAGCCAACUUCUCGCAUAUGAAAAACAGAAUUUUGCUCUAGGAAAAGGAGAUGAAGAAGUAAUAUCAACCUUACAAUACUUUGCAAAUGUAGUAGAUGAGCUUAAUGUACUUCAUACCGAACUGGCAAAACAGCUGGCAGACACAAUGGUGCUGCCAUUAAUUCAGUUCCGUGAAAAGGACCUUACAGAAGUAAGCACGUUAAAAGAUCUUUUUCUUCUUGCUAGCAAUGAACAUGAUUUAUCAAUGGCAAAGUACAGCAGACUGCCAAAAAAGAGAGAAAAUGAAAAGCUAAAGGUUGAAGUUGCUAAGGAAGUUGCCGGGGCUAGAAGAAAGCAGCACCUCUCAUCCUUGCAGUAUUACUGUGCAUUAAAUGCCCUCCAGUAUAGAAAGAGGACUGCGAUGCUUGAUCCUAUACUGGGCUACACACAAGGACAGAUUAACUGUUUUAAAAAAGGAUAUGAAAUGUUUUCCCAAAAAAUGGAUGGAUUUCUGUCAUCUGUAACAAACAUGAUUCAGAGGAUACAAGGAGAACUCGAUACAGAAGCAGAGGCCAUGAGGCUUUCUCAGCAAGAACUUCUGUCUGGUAGUGAUGCCAUGUAUACUCCAGAUUAUGAUGUCACGUCCCCUAUCAUCAACCGAAACCUGAUACAAAAGGCUGGGUAUUUAAACAUGAGGAGUAAAACAGGCCUGGUCACCACAACUUGGGAGAGACUAUAUUUCUUUACACAAGGUGGAAACCUAAUGUGUCAGCACCGGGGUGAGGUGGCUGGGGGCCUUAUUCAAGACUUGGACAAUUGUUCUGUUAUGGCAGUGGACUGCGAGGACAGGCGAUACUGCUUCCAGAUCACUUCUCCCAGUGGAAAAACGAGCAUCAUCCUCCAAGCAGAAGGAAAAAGGGAAUAUGAAGAGUGGAUUUGUGCUAUUAAUAACAUUUCAAGACAGAUCUACUUGACAGAUAAUCCAGAGGCUGUAGCUAUCAAGUUAAACCAAACAGCUCAAGAGGCAGUUACCCCUAUUACCAGCUUUGACAGGAGACUUGAAAAUACACAGAACAGUGAGAGUUUAAGACAGAAUGUACCACAAAGAGAGCCUACUAACCACAUGACUGAAGAUGGCACAGAGGAACUGCAGCCAGAGCAGUUAAUAGUCCCGGGCACACCUAUUCAGUUUGACAUUGUUCUGCCAGCCACUGAAUUCCAGGACCAAAACAGAGGAAACCGGCGCACAAAUCCGUUUGGAGAAUCUGAAGACACUGGUGAAAACCCGGCAGAGGAAGUGCUUUUACAGCAGAUGUUUGUAGUUCGCUUCUUAGGAUCAAUGGCAGUAAAAUCGGAUCACACCAGCAAGGUCAUAUUUGAGGCCAUGCGACAAGUUUUAGCUGCUCGAGCUAUUCAUAAUAUAUUCCGGAUGACAGAAUCUCACUUGAUGGUAACCAGUAAAAGCAUAAGAUUAAUAGAUCCACAAACACAAGUUACAAGAAUAAGUUUGACCUUGAAAAACAUCACACAAUUUGCUGCCCAUCAAGAGAACAAGCGACUGGUGGGAUUUGUGGUUUGUACCCCUGAAGCAUCUGGAGGAGAAUCACUGAGUGCAUAUGUCUUGGAAAGUAACACAGAGGGUGAAAAGGUCUUAACCCUUUUUUUUCAUAUUUGUACUAUUGAUGGAACUUGGAAGACAUUAUUUAUGUUCUUUUAUAUCAGGAGUUGGGUGUCCCUGCGGCCAAUUAGCUAUAACCUACAGUUUGAAUAA